GCUAAUAGGACAAAUACCCCGCGUUGUUCUCGGGGUUCUUGCCAAGCAGAUUUUGUAUUGUUUUCUAUGUUAUCUCGAGGGUGAAUGGGUCUUCAACUUCUCCUCUUCCCUUGAAUCGAAUCGGGACCCAUGAUUGCGUGGUUGCCAAGUUAGUCCAUGCCACAAGCACAGCGCGACAGGGAAGCUCUUUCCCGCCUACCGUAGACCGGGAACCUACCACGAUCCAUCGGUGCCUGUCGUGCGUCGGUCGUCUUCGCUCCACUCUGACUUCACCACAUCAGGGCCUUAUCUCCCUUGCACCUUGUUGGACGGCAUCGCCACGCCACGCUAUACAUUCGACGCCGAUCCGGAUAAGCAGCUCGUGGUUGUAUUUUUGUCACACCUCUCCGAGCAGCUCUACAGUAUCGACAUUUCUCAUGUUCAGCUAUUCGUCUUAGUACAUUCAGGUAUUGACAGGCCGGUCGAUGCUGGAAACGUCCCUCGAGGGGGCCCGAAGAGACGUACAGCCCACGACACGGAUAGUUAUCUAGACGACCUCGUUUUCGGCUCCCACUCUCGACAGCGAACCUCAGGUGUGCGACCCCGCCGAGCCGGCACUUUUAAUCCAGUGAGACUUGCAAGCAUAUCCGAUACCGCCUUCGUCGGAUAGCCUUAUAACCUACACAUUCGCAAUGUCAAGCCCGUACAACCGCGGGGGCAGCGGCCCUGGACAGGGGUCCAGCCCAGGCUUUCCUGCAGACCAUCCUCUACAUUUUGGCAGUCCGAUGCGGCCUGGGCCAUUUUCAGCCGUGAGCGGAUUACCAGGGCCCAGAGCUCUACCGCCACUCAGCGGUUUCUCGCACCUCUACCCUCCCACAAUCCCAGACGGCGGCAGCGCGGCAUCGGGUCCCAAUACUAUGGGUGGUCAGUACGGAGGGGGCGCAUUCAUCCGAAAUAACCAGUCCGACUGGUCGCCCAUGGAAUCUCACGGCGCCACAGCCUUGGAGCGGCGAUCGUUGAUGUCGUCCUCCCCACGACCUAAUGCCGCCUCUAUCGGAACCUCAUCUGGGAGCAGUAGAUACUGGGAGGCCAGAAAUCCACAGCUACAACCGCACUCGCGCGCAUACGAGCAUCUAUACCGGCCUGCGCUCUACGAUGGUCUCGGACCACAAGCUCAGGUUGAAGCGACGAAACAGUUCACGCCAUCAUAUCUUCGGGGCUCCACAUACGCAAAGAGGAUAGAUGAGGCGCACAAGGCCAAGCUAGCAGCGCUGAAGGAAGGCUCCAGCAAUGCGGCCAUGUCCAAGCAUGUUGGUGGACCCGUACCAGGUGCUACCAACGGCAGUAUAUUGAGACCAGGCGGCAGGGGUGGUCCUGGGGUUACUGGUUUCGGCCCUGGUGCGCAGGGGGAACCCACCCUCGCAUAUCACAGUGAUCAAGUUAACAAGAGCAGACCACCUUCGCACCUUGGAAUUGCAUACAACGUCGCUGAGAGGCCCUCGGUAGCGCCUGAAGAAACAGAUGGCAUAAACCCCUUACCCACAGAGUGGAAUUGCAAUGACAAAUACGGCAACAUUGAGGUCGUUGCGGACGGCUUAGAAGUCAAGCUCUCAGGUCCCAGACCCCCCGAUCGAGAACGUGACCACGAGGCCUAUGCUAUCAGAGCAGACCACUUCAUGCCGCCAGAGUGUGGUAUUUACUAUUUCGAAGUGACAAUACUAGCCAGCAAGAGAGAGGAGUGCACGAUAGCCGUGGGCUUCUCUGGAAAGCAAGUACAGUUGUCCAGAGCACCGGGAUGGGAAGCAGAAUCGUGGGGUUACCACGGAGACGACGGUCGGUCCUUUGCGACGUCGAACGUGGGUAAAGAUUACGGCCCCAAAUAUGGCACCGGUGAUGUCAUUGGCUGCGGAGUCAACUUUAGGACGGGCACUGCCUUCUACACCAAAAACGGUCAAAAUCUCGGGACCGCGUUCCGCGAUAUCAAGGGCAAGAUGUAUCCCGUCGUCGGCCUCAGGAAGACAGGCGAUCACGUUAGGACAAACUUUGGGCAAGCGCCAUUUGUCUUUGCGAUCGAUGUGUUGAUGGAGAGCGAAAGGAGUAGGAUAAGAGAGGAAAUCGAGCUUGCCAAACCGGCAGAGAUUUCAGGCAUGGGGGAGACCGAGUUCAUUCAGCAAUUGGUCGUACAGUUUUUGCAGCACGAUGGGUACAUUGAGAGUGCGCGUGCAUUUAACCAAGAGACACGCGCCGAAAAGAACGCACUUGCACUCAAGUCUGAAGACGCCGUUGAGAUUACAGAUAUUGCGGAUGAUGAAGACGCAAUCAACCGCCAACGCAUCCGAAAGGCCAUCUUAGAAGGCGAUAUUGAUCGAGCGUUGAAGUACACAAAAGCAUACUACCCUCGUGUGCUCUCGGAGAACGAGAAUGUGUACUUUCGCUUAAGGUGCCGGAAGUUCAUCGAAAUGGUGCUGAAGGAGGCCACGCAAAGACUCGAGGCUGAGAAGAGAUACAGCAACGGCAGCAGCAACGGCAUUUCCGAUCACCAGGAUACGGACAUGGAUGAUGGGGCUGCCCUAGGAACCGAGGACGAAGACAUGGAUGGUGAAGACGGUACCGACAACGUCAGCGGUGUUCCAAAGACCGUCGCAUAUGGCCAACAACUGCAGGCAGAGUUUAAGGAUGAUCCGAGGCGGGAGGUCAAGAAGACGCUCGAGGAGAUUUUUGCCUUGGUGGCAUACAAAGACCCAUUGCAGUCCAAGGAAAUGGCGCACUUGCUUGACAAGAAGGGCAGGGUCGCAGUCGCCGAAGAGCUCAACUCGGCCAUUCUGUUAUCUCUGGGCAAGCAUGAGCGCGCGGCUCUUGAGACCCUGUGGGCUCAAACGACAGUACUCCUAGAAGACAUUAGGGAAGACGGCGGACCAGGCGCAUUCGUAGCGAUAUCGGACUAUACCGACCAGAUUCCAGCGAAUCCUUAGUUUGGGGUCUCCAAUAGGGCAACGUGAUACGCAUAAUUGGGGGGAUUCGGGGUAUCAAGGGCAGGCUAAAGGAAGACCCCCGCUGUCUUGUUUUCUACUCUGGUUCUCGGAGCGGGUUCUGGGCGGCAUAGUAGUUUGUCACGAGGAUAGCUUCCACUAGCGGAACCUAUACUGUACACUGCAUUUAUACUGAGGGUUGACUGCGUCCAGUUUUUUUGCUUGUCUUCGGUCCUUUCUUUCAGCUCCCCUUUUUGUAUCCAGGUUUAUUGGAUACCAGGCAAAAUAGGUGGGACAAUAGAAACAUAUCCUUACCAUGGAAAGGGGCUAUGUUCUAAGAACCCAGGAUUCCCGGUGUGGUUUGGCCACUGUUCUGUACCAAUAACCUACAUAUGCACCGGGUACCUACCCCCUCUACUUAUUUAUUCACAAAAUCUGAUACAUAGCUUUUGCCCUCAAUAUCCGAGUGUCACAG